CGCAACCCCAAAGCCAAACUAGAGUCAAACACCCCAUCCCAACACGUUAAUCAAACACAAUCAUGAAAAUCCAGCUCCCCACCAUUGUCGGACUUCUCCUCCCUCUCACCGUGCUGGCCGCUCCCGCUACGGAGGCAGACGAGCAGGUCGACAUCCCGGUGGCGAUUGAGGACGACGCGCGCCACGUCUCCGAGGCUUUCGGUCUGGGGAAGCGGGCAAAUCGUUCCUGCAAGAUCGUGAACACCGAAUCGGAAUAUGUCAAGUGCCGGAGUGGGCCUGGCUUCAGCCAUGAUAUCCAGGCGGUGGUCUACCCUGCUAAACGGUACAAAUUUACAUGUUACAAGUCUGGGGAUUGCUAUGAGAACAACUGCACUUGGGAUGCGGUCAAGAUGAGCAAUGGCAAGUAUUGCUAUGUCAAUGGCUAUUACACUGAUGAUAAGUGCACGGCUGCGGCCCUCGGCGAGUGUUGAUGAUGUAGCUGAUCCCAUCACGGGGGAUGGCAGCCAUGGUAGAAUAUGAGGGUAGUGGUGGUUGUGGC